CCACUUGUUUAGCCCCAAAUGGGCCAGCACCCCGUAGUAGGACAAUCCCGCUGGCCAUCCCGCUGGCCGUAGUAGGUUUUUCCUAGAAAAGAGCCCUGCAUCCGCGCCUUCCCCGGGACAAACAUGACGUCGGAUGAGCAGCAGGAGCAGAUGGAAGAAGAACAGAAGGAGUCUGAUUUCGUUGGCCGUGAUACCCGACGAAGUGGACUGGUCACGUCUUCCCGCCCGAGCACAUCACUGAUAUUGCCAACGGUAUCGACGCGCUGGGUCGGCUGUCGAGUUGCGAUGCUGUGCUGUCAGGAUACCUGGGCUCCGAAGCGCAGGGCUCUGCCGUGCUGGAGGUCGUGCGCCGCGUCAAGGAGCAAAACAAAGCGGCGCUGUACUGCUGCGACCCCGUCAUGGGCCACCCCGAGAAGGGGUGCAUCGUUGCGCCUGGCGUGGCCGAGUUCUUCGCGCGAGAGGCGGUGGCCGCCGCAGACAUCAUCUGCCCGAACACGCUGGAGCUUGCGCUGCUGACGGGGCGGGCAGACCCUCCCGCCUCGCUGCCCGAGGUGCGCGACGCGGUGGCGGACCUUCUGCGGGCCGGGGCCGGCACGGUCUUCGUGAAGCACCUCGGGGCCGCUGGCCUCGAGGGUGGCCGGAGCUUCGAGAUGCUCCUGGCGACCGCCUCCGGCACCUGGCACGUGGCCGCCCCCCUGCUGCCCUUCGACCGGCCACCGGUGGGCGUCGGCGACCUCACCAGUGGCGUCUUCCUCGCCACCGUCCUGCGGGGGUUUCCCAUGGAGAAGGCCCUGGAGCACACGGCCGCCGCCUACCACGCCGUCAUGAGCGCGACGAAGGCGCUGGGCGAGUUCGAGCUGCAGACGGUGGCCGCGCAGGACUCCAUCGCCUCACCCCCCGAGUGGUUUCCGGCGACGCGGCUGGACUGAAGCGGGGCUCGCGCCCGCCGUGCGUGAGAACGGGCACGGCGGUCGCGCGGCGCUCGGCACAGCGCCAGGUCGCCGCCAGCCUCGUGGCCUCGGGCCCGCCCCAUGUGCAGCCCGGGCGUCGGAUUCAGGCAGGGGCCCUGACAAGAUCAUCC